GGCGGUACCCCGGUCCCUGGGGGAGGUUUAGGCCGAGGACCCGGGAGCGCGGCGGGCCUGGGAGAAGGGCUUGGGUCUCGCAGCCCCAGCCCGGAGGCCGGUGGUGCGGCGGCCCCUCCCCUGCGAUCCCUUCCCCUCCUCCCCGUCUCCUCCGCCCCAUCCUCCUCCGUGUCCCCGGCAGCCGAGGCUCGGGGAGCAGCCGGCAGCGCAGCGGCCGCGCAGCCUUUGUCUCGGGGCAGCCGGGCGGAGGGCCCAGCGCAGGCGCCGUCCAGGGCCCAGGAGGUUGCACAGCCAGUUGUCACGGAGACGAUGAGGCUGUGAUUGAUGACUCGUACGUCCCAGCCAGUUGCUCCCAAAGACAGGCUCCUCCCAGCCCUUCCAGCGCCCCAGAGACCCAAGCCAGCAGGAGGAACAUGCAGCCCCCGAAUCGCUGAGGCCCCGCCUACCCCCUUUCUGCCUCACCGCCAGGACCUCCUCCACGAUGGCCUGUAACCAGUCGUCCAUCGAGACCUACGCGUACCUGCUGCCCAACGGGAGCCACGAGGGGGACUCCAGGGCGCCCCCACCGCCCGCCCCGCUCAGGAUGUCCCUGGCGGUCCUCAUGAUGCUGACGGUCGUGGUGGGGUUCCUAGGCAACGCGGUGGUCUGCAUCAUCGUGUACCAGAGGCCGACCAUGCGCUCCGCCAUCAACCUGCUGCUGGCCACGCUGGCCUUCUCGGACAUCAUGCUCUGUUUGUGCUGCAUGCCCUUCACGGCCGUCACCCUCAUCACUGUCCACUGGCACUUCGGGGACUCCUUCUGCCGGCUCUCAGCCGCGCUCUACUGGUUCUUCGUCCUGGAGGGUGUGUCCAUCCUGCUCAUCGUCAGCGUGGACCGCUUCCUCAUCAUCGCGCAGCGCCAGGACCGGUUGAAUCCCCGCCGGGCCAAAGUGAUCAUCGCCGCGUCCUGGGUGCUGUCCUUCUGCGUCUCGGCGCCGGCGCUGGCCGGCUGGACGCUGGUGGAGGUGCCGGCGCGGGCCCCGCAGUGCGUGCUGGGCUUCACCGAGCUGCCGGCCGGCCGCGCCUACGUGCUGACUCUGGUGGGCGCCGCCUUCUUCGUUCCCUUCGCGGUGAUGCUCGGCGCCCACCUGGGCGUCCUGCACGCGGUGCGCAAGAACGCGGUGCGCGUGCACAACCAGUCCGACCGCCUGGACCUGCGCCGGCUGCCCCGCGCCUGCCUGCGGCGGCUCCGGCGGCAGCAGCAGCAGGCCAGCCUGGACCUGAGUUUCAAGACCAAGGCCUUCACCACCAUCUUGAUCCUCUUCGUGGGCUUCUCGCUGUGCUGGCUGCCGCACUCGGUGUACAGCCUGCUGUCCGUGUUCAGCCGGCGCUUCUACUGCGGCCCCUCUUUCUACGCCACCAGCUCCUGCGUGCUGGGACUCAGCUACCUCAAGUCCGUCUUCAACCCCAUCGUCUACUGCUGGCGGAUCAAGAAGUUCCGCGAGGCCUGUCUGGAGCUGCUGCCCCCCACCUUCCAGAUCCUCCCCAAAGUGCCUGAGCGGAUCCGGAGGCGAAUCCAGCCGAGCACCGUGUACGCGUGCACGGAGAACCAGUCCGCGGUGUAGGGGAGGGGCGAGCCGUAGCCCCCAUCUGCCCCCCACUUGACUUCCUGGGACUCCCGAGCAGUCAGCACUCAGCACAAGGGGACUCGCUGGCCACCAGGGAAACUGGGGCGCCCGCGUUUGCACGAUGAAUUAUUUCUGUUUCUUGCUGCAGAACAGCAGUGCGGGUCUGCUGGAAACCCGAAGGCAAUCAAGACCAAAGGGGAGAUGCGUGCAGUGAUGCAGGUGGUGGCGGUUUAGUCGCUAAGUCGUGUCGGACUAUUUCGACCCCAUGGACUGUAGCCUGCCAGGCUCCUCUGUCCAUGGGAUUUUCCAGGCAAGAAUGCUGGAGUGGGUUGCCAUUUCCUUCUCCAAGGAAUCUUCCUGACCCAGGGAUCGAACCCAGGCCUCCUGCAUUGAGGGCAGAUUCCUUACCUACUGAGCUAUGAGUGAUGCAGGAGUUGGGCUGAAAG